AUGAUCGAACUGCAAAGGAGCCACAGCCCAUUUGUCCACCAGGGUUAUCAGACCAAAAGCGCGUCUUAUGCCAUUUUCUUCGGCAGGGCCUCGAAUGCCAGGACAGAAGAGCGUGCCACAGCUCCCACGAUCCCGAGCUUCUCCGGAAGCGUCGCUGCCGCCACGGAUCCAAGUGCUGGACUGAAGGACCCUGUCGCUCUCAAAGCGGCCUGCAAGCAGGAAACUGCCUUUGGAGAUUGGUACGGGAUCAGAGACACUGAAGUUAUUGCUAGCUUCAACUGCCUAGGGGAAGUGACGUUGCAGUUCCUGGCCGAACGUCUGGAUCUCGAAGUUCAGGGCGAUGCCCUCUUCAUAAGCCGCUGGGAAGCCGACCCUCGAAACAAAUUGCACACGGGCUACGGAAAGCAAUUCGAGGAUCACACCGUGUCUUACGCACACCUACCAGAACUUAAACGAUCCCAAAGUAGCCACAUCGCCCUAUCCUACAAGAUGGGCGACCUGAAGCUGGCCGUGCAGACCGAAGUGGACGCCAUCGACUGCGACUGCCACGCAUCCCCGUGUCAGCCCGGAACCCCCGCCCCCAGUCCCACUAUCAGGAGGCGCUUAUCGGGUGGGAGAUUUGACGUGCUCUCGCUCGAUACCGGAGACAGCAAGGAAGCGCCAAACCACGGCGCCUACAGUUAUACUCAGGAGGGCACGCGGAUCCUACAUGCCGGCAAGCAGUUUAAUCUAAGCUGCUGCGUGGAGAUCAAGACGCGCAUGAAGAAGCCCGAUCAGAAGGAAACCAUCGAUUUCAUGGAGCAGCUGUACUUUCAGCGCACGUCGAAACUGUUCCUGGCCCUUCACAACAAUGGCUCGUUCUAUCCCACGCUUAUGGGGCUUUGUGACGUGGCCGACGACCUGAAAAGGUGGGAGGCGGAGCAGCAACCUCUCCUGGCGAGGCUCGUGAAGCUUUUGGAAGAACUCAGAGCUCGAGCGAUGAAGGCCGCCGCCAGCGCGGGCGGGCAGUGCAAGAUGUCCAUCGGCCUCGAGAUCACGCCCAAAUUUGACUUCACGGAUUUACAGAAUAGCCAAUAUUGUUAA